ACUUUGACACGUUUGUAACCUGCUUCAUUUUGUUCAUAACUAGUAAAAAUGAAGGGUUUUACAUUGAUUAUUGUUGCUAUUAUUGCUGGUUCAGCUUCGGCAGGCAAAAACUAUUAUAUUUCAGAAGAUAAAUUGAAUUGGCAUGGGGCUUAUCAAUCAUGCGCAUCACGGGGAAGACAAUUGGCAACAAUCAAUUCAUGCACAGAAGGAUUAGCUGUGAAGAAAGCAAUGCGUGGUGCAGGAGCAGCUAAUGAAACCCUUUGGAUUUCUGCAACUGAUCUAGGUAAAAAAGGUGACUUUGUCUGGAUGGUCAAUGGUAAACCCAUAGAAUACUCCAAAUACGGCCCUGAACAGCCUGAUAAUGCCAACAACGCUCAACACUGUGUCAAUCUACAGCCAAACGCAGAAAACAAACAAGUUUUCUGGUAUAAUGGCAACUGUUCAGAACCAUUAAUGUAUGUUUGUGAAGAUAAACCAAGAAUCUGUGCAGCGUAAAAAUUAUAAAUGAGUAUAACUUCUUUUACUAUGAGUGUAAGAGUAAAAAUAACAUUUGCAUAGUGUAAACUUUA